AUGCAUAAUAACGAUACACUAGAAUCGCAGGUAAUUCCAGUAGAAGAAGCACAUAGUUCUUUAGAUCAACUGCCUAAAAAACGCAAAAGAACAGCCAAAAAGGAACAAAAGGAAAAACGUAAAAAAGAUAAAAUUGUACUAAACAAUCAACGAUCUCUACAAGUUCAAAGUGAACCCAUUUUACGACAAAUGAUUCCCGUUUUGUCUUCAAACGCCAAGGAAACCAGUCAAAACCGAAUAAAAAUUAUGACCUAUAAUCUUCUUGCUCAAUCUCUCAUCCGCAGGGAAAUUUUUCCUGAAUCUGGUGAUGCACUUAAGUGGAAAAACCGUCGUCCUCGUUUACUAAAAGAGAUAUUGUAUUAUGAACCCGAUGUCUCUUGUUUUCAAGAAAUGGAUCAUUCUAAUUAUUUCGAUACUUUUAAACCUGAAUUCGAACUUGCUGGAUAUGAAACAUGUUUCGCUGGAAUCGGUAAAAGACAUGGUUGUUGUAUAAUUUGGAAACGAUCUAAAUUUACAAAAUUAAGUGAUCUUACUAUCGAAUUUGACAGGGUUGGAGUACCUACGAUGACAACAAACUGUAUUGGCCUUAUUGUUUCCCUCAAAUAUAGCGAGACUCUCCCUGAUGAAAAAAACCCCUCAAAUUCAGGACUAGUUAUAGGGACAACUCAUCUCUACUGGAGACCUCAAUGCAUGUAUGAACGUGCAAGACAAUGUUUAAUCCUUUGCGAAAAUUUGUUCAAGUUUAAAAAGGAAUUUGGUUUUGAAGUAAUAUUGGCCGGUGAUUUUAAUUCAACGCCAACAGAUCCUACUUACAAACUAAUGGUAAGGAACACAUCGUUGACUACGGAUGAAAUCUCUGAAUUGGAAGCUUCAAUGAGACCUUUUGGAGAGAAUGCAACCUCCAACGAUUCCCCUUCAACAGAAGAUAUAUUUGAAAAUAGUCUUGACAACAAUACUGACUCGAUUAUAAGUGAUGGUACAGGUUUGUUAACAAAUUCUUCAUCUACUUUAUCUGCUGUACCAAUCACACAGAAAAUAUUACCACCAACGAGUGUCGGCCAAUCUAUACAAACUGAAUUGGCAUCUCAAUUUCAACCAACACUUCCCGACCUGCUUUCAUAUUUUGCAAACCUUCCAUCUUGUGUAUCAUUGUAUGCGCAACAUCUGAGUUCAAUAGAUCCUGAAAAUACUAUUUAUUCUGAACCGAAAUUUACACAUUAUGGAUUAUAUUUUAAAGGAACUUUAGAUUAUAUUUUUCUUUUUUGUCACAAUUAUAACAAUCAAAAUAACGAAGAUUGUGAUGAAAAUGUUAAAUCCAAGGUUAAAGUUACUAAAUUAUUAAAAAUGCCACAAGAAGAACAUUUAUUGCCACUUUUACCUAAUUAUAAAUUUAAUUCUGAUCAUUUAUGUUUAAUGGUUGAAUUAGUUGGGCUGGUCUAA